AUGAAAGCUCAUCAACUACAAAGUUUGAGAUCUCAUCAAAAAGUCAACCAUUUUCCAAGAUCUUAUGAACUCACUAGAAAAGAUCGCCUGUACAAAAACAUUGAAAGAGUUCAAAGAUUGCAGGGUUUUAAAUAUUUUGAUUUCAUACCGCAAACGUUUGUUUUGCCUGGAGAUUACAAAGAACUGUGUUUGUUCCAUCACAGGAUUCGUGGGCCGUGGAUCGUUAAACCGGUAGCUUCUUCCCGCGGGCGGGGAAUUUACAUAGUCAAUAGUCCCGAUCAAAUUCCUGCUGACGAAACUUUAGUCGUAGCGAAAUACAUUGACGAUCCAUUAUUGGUCGAUGGUUACAAAUGCGAUCUCAGAUUGUACGUCGCCGUCACUUCAUACAAUCCCCUCGUUAUUUAUUUAUACGAAGAGGGUUUGGUGAGGUUGGCAACCGUGAAAUACGAAUCGAGCGGACAACAUUUAUGGAAUCCCUGCAUGCACUUGUGUAAUUACAGUAUUAACAAAUAUCACGAAGACUACAUAAAGAGCGAAGAUCCGGAAGCGGAAGACGUGGGUCACAAAUGGACUUUGAGCGCUCUUCUAAGGCAUUUGAAAUCGGAAGGAAAGGAUAUUUCGUUGCUCAUGCAAAAAAUCGAAGAUGUGAUAAUAAAAGCAAUACUUUCCGUGACUCCGACCAUAGUGGCAGCAGCCAGAUUCGUGCCUCAUCCUCGAAAUUGUUUCGAGCUCUACGGUUUCGAUAUAUUAAUCGAUUCCACGUUGAAACCCUGGUUGUUGGAAGUUAAUUUAUCUCCAUCCCUGGGUUGCGAUUCUCCCUUGGACGUACGCAUAAAAUCCGCCAUGCUCACGGAUUUGCUGACUCUCAUCGGUUUACCCGUCGUCGAUCCGAUGGUCCAGCAUCCCGUCGUCGUCGUCAGUAGUAGUAGUAGUAGUAAUAAUAAUAAUAAUAUUAAUAAUAAUAAUAAUAGUAAUAACAAUAACGUGAAUGCGAAAACCGUACGAAGAGUAGAUACGGCGGAUAAUAAAAAUAAUAAAAAUUUUAAAAUCCCGUUGAAUUUAUCCGUGGACGAUUUGAGAAUGAUAAACGCUCUACAAUCGGAACACAAUCGAAGAGGAGGUUUUCUUAGAAUAUUUCCAUCGGCGGAAAGUUGGAAACUUUACUCGGGAUUGUUGGAUCUCGCUAAAUUAUUUUUUAAUUAUGUUUUUUUUUCUUUGUGGAAUCCCGCAUCCGGUUUAUUAAAUUUAGGAAAUUACGUCGCUCAAAAACAAUUCAACACACAUAAUUACAAUUUAAUUUUACAUCAAAAAUUAUUUCCCGAUUUGGACAAAUGUCCGGUGGAUCGUUUGCCAAAAUACGAAAGAGCUCUUACGCAAUGUUCGAGAAGGCCUUUAACCGCGGCGUCCAUAUUUGCAUCAUCGAACGAUAAAGAAAAUAUUUUAGAUCACAAGUAUGCCAAAGAAUGCAAGAUGGAACUUAAGAAAUGCAUGGAAAAAGGUUGUCAGUUGUCUACGAAUCAAGCACGAAGAGCUUUUUCCCAAUAUCUUCAACAGGUUUUAUCGAAGCUCGGACCUCCGCUCGAGGGUCCCAACACUCCCGCCGAACUUUGUUUGAAAUUUUUAAUGAGAGCAGCCGGAAAUCUUCGUUCUCCUUUUUUCGUCAAGGUUCCGUCUAACAAAUUGGUGGGAAAGGAUAGGGUUGCGGUCAUUGCGAAACAGUUAAACGAUUACCUACAAACGUACAAUCGCGAAACAGAACUUUAUUACUCGAACGCGGCGAGCGCGAAUCAAGUUCCGGAUUCGAGAUUUCGAUCUUUUUUGAGAUCCGCAUCGGAAACGGAUGUGGAAGAAAUAUUAUUCCUUCACAUGAAAUCCUCCAAAUGCUGUCAUUCGUUUUUGGGAAGGUGUUGCUCUCCUUCUUUUACCAAUUUAAAAUUUCAUUCUCUCCUUCAAGUGUUACCACAGCUUUGCGCAUACAAUCCGAGUAAGCCGAACGAAUGCUGUUUUCGAGAAGUCUUAUCGAAAACGUUGCCUAAAAAUUUUCGAUCGCGGCCUUCGAGAUCAUCGCAUAGAUCCGACAUUGAGGUUUGA